GUCAGGCGCCGGAAACACCCGGAAGUAGCCCAGUCAGAACUUGUCAACAGACGGGUCGACUGAUAAGAUGAAGUCAUCCUGAAGAAAUCUUCCUGAAAUGGCUCUUUUCUGACUUUUUUAAAACACUGUUUUAAGUCUUCAAGUUUUAUUUUUUCAGUGGAAAAGCACAAUGGUAGUCACUUACCGCCUCUGUGCCGUUUUGGUUUUCUCUGUAGUUGCUUGGAGCUGUUUUAAACCGGCUCUGUGCUCUGCCCGAUGUGGGCGUUCCCUUCAAGUGUUGGAUAGUAAAUGGGGAGAGAUCAGGAGUUCCGCUUACCACAGCUGGUCCAACCGCUUUGUCUCUACCUCCGACUGCUGGAUCAUCAAGGGUUCUGAAGGAGAACCCAUUAUUCUCAGUUUUUCCCAGUUUUCUGUUCGGUGCAAAAAAGAAUGGGUGUCUAUAAAAUCUUCAGCUGGAGGUGAACCGGUUCUUCUGUGCGGCUCCACGUUGCCACAGCCGAUGGAGUUCAAAGGGGGAAACAUCACAGUGAUGCACCAUUUCCUCCCACAUCUGUUUCCUGUGUCAUCAUUCCGGCUGAGCUACGCCAGAGACACUGCUGAAUGUCCAGUGCUGUCCUUUGGGUGUCUGGAUGGACGGUGCCUGCCCUACACGUGGCGCUGUAAUGGCCAGGUGGAGUGUCUCGAGGACGGUACUGAUGAGCAGGGCUGUGAUGAAGAAACCCGGACUCCAGAACCGACUGGGAUCUUGGGGUCUGACGAUGCACAGGGAGAACAAACCAAAUCGGAGGUGUCUGCAGAGAGGACCCGUGACACGGACAAACACAAGAGCCCAGACAGGUCAUCUGAGAGGGAUGCUGAUGCAGAUUUCUGGGCACUGCUGAAAGACAGGGGGGACAAGGAGCCUGAGGUGGAUCGAGAGAAGCCUCUGGACCGUAGAGAGCUUGUUGUGACGCCCACUCCUGUGGAGUGGCCCUGUGGAGGCCUCAUCCAAACCUUCUAUGGGACCUUCUCACCUCCAGCCAUUCGGGGUCCUCCGCUGUUCUGCGUGUGGACGUUGGACCCUCAGGACUCCAGACCCCUGAGACUGGAUCUGCAGCAGUUGGUGCUGGGGCCCGGGGACACACUGACCGUCACCAACGGAGAGCAGGGCAACGGGGACGUCAUUAAAACCAUCACAAGCACCUCAAAUUACAAAACGGUUCAGGUUGAAUCGCACACGGGCCGUCUGUCGCUGACUUACAGGACUUGUCCAGGCUCAGAGGGCAGCGGCUUCAAUGCCACCUUCCGUGUCGGAACCUACUGCCCGCCGUGGGAAUUCAGGUGCGGCGGGGCAGCGGGCGGCUGCUACACACAGGAACAGCGCUGUGACGGUAAGUGGGACUGUCCUGAGACGGGGAAGGACGAGGAGGGCUGCAGGGGCUGCUCCCGCAACCAGUUUGCCUGCGGCAUGACGGGUCAGAGGGCGGUGGUGUCCAGUCACUACUCCGGCAGGCCGGUGUGUUACCCAGUAACGGAGAGAUGCAACUACCAGCUGUAUUGUGCCGACGGCAGCGACGAGCGGGAUUGCAUCAUAUGCCAGCCGGGGACCUUCCAUUGCGACAGCGACAGGUGUGUGUUUGAGAGCUGGCGCUGUGACGGCCAGGUCGACUGCAAGGACGGAACGGAUGAGCUGAACUGCACCGCCUUCCUGCCCCGCAAGGUCAUCACCGCAGCAACAGUGGGCAGCCUGAUCUGCGGCUUGCUGCUGGUUAUCGCCAUGGGCUGCACCUGCAAACUGUACUCACUCAGGACCCGGGAGUACAGCAUGUUUGCUCCAAUCAGCCGCCAGGAAGCGGAGCUGAUUCACCAACAGGCUCCUCCCUCUUACGGUCAGCUGAUUGCCCAGGGGAUCAUCCCUCCAGUGGAGGACUUCCCCACCGAAAACCCUAAUGAGCCGUCAUCUCUUUCAUUAAGAGGGAUUCUCCAGCUCCUCCGCCAGGAUGCCGCCAACUCGCCACACCGCAGGCGCAGGCCCCGCUUCGUCCGCCGGGCAGUGCGCCGCAUGAGGAGGUGGGGUCUAAUUCCCAGACCUCCCUCUCGUCCCACUCAGACGUCCGGCUCCGGCCAGCAGCAGUCGGACACGCCCCCUGCCGGUCAGGAAGUGGGUCAGUCCACUUUGCCGAGCUCCUCAUCAGCCGUGGAAGCGGUCAACCAGCCGGCGCCUCAGAAACUUGGCCUGUUGGUGCGCUCAGAGCAGCAGCAGGUGGCGCCAUCUCCUCUGCCCCCGCCUCCUCCUUCUCUCCAGCCUGUUGCUUCCUCGCCUCCGCCUCCGUAUGCUCCCCCAGCACCGCCCGCAGGUGCUCUUCGCACGCCUCUGAGCAGCCCCUCCCUGGCCUCCAUCUUCCACACGCUGGGCCUGAGCAUCUCCCUCUUCAGAGCCUCACCCUCCUCCACCAACUCCAUGCCCCUCUCCGGCUCCCCUUCCUUCUCCUCGGACGACGAGGUGCUGCUGAUCCCUCUGUCGGAGGACGCUGCCUUGGAGGACGACGUGCCAAUGCUGUCCUGAAGAAACGCUGCUGGGUAAUCCGGUCUUUCCAGCUUUGUUUGAACUGAAGCACAGGAGUACCGCCUGGCGAGACUCACCUCCCUGUGCCAGUCUGGUGCCUUCUCUUCAAUCAGACCAUUGAUUUUUGUUUUGUUUUUAAUGCGUUUGCGUCUGUGUGUUAGCUGAAACGCAUGCUUUAAUGUGAGUUUAAUUCUGCCAGCGUGCACACUGAAGGUAAACUUUUGCACAAAACAUUCUUCCUCAUCCCACCCCACCCCCGAGGCAGACCGUUGUCCUACCGUAAGGUUUGAGGCAUGGUGACAGAAAUGUCAGUGCACGUGUGUGGAUGAGUUUGCAUUUUAGUCUUUGACGGCGGAGAGUGUCGCCUCUAUGUACUUCUGCCACUCGCUGAUAUUCUUGAGAAAAGAAAAAAAAAUCUGCUCCCUGUUUAAGUGCCUUUUUGAGGAGGUUUGUGUAGAUGAUGCACGUUGCACACACUUUAUCACACACACACACACACACAAUCUUUUCAGUGCCUGAUUCUGAGAUACUGAAAGGUGAGAGAAUUGACAAAAAAAAAAAAAAAAGUCCUGAACUCGAGGGAAUGAUGACGUUUUGACA